GAGCUAGAGAUCAACCUAAACAUUAAAGGUUCUAUAUUCCACAACAACAAAUUUGAUUUUGAACGUAUCCGCUCGGGAUAAUUUAUCAACGAUAAUAUUGUCAUAUAAUACUAAAAAUGUUUAAGCAAAUACGUACAUUGGCCACACAAGCAUCCAACGCCAAACCAGCGUUCCACAUUGGCCAACCUCCACAAUACACAUUAGCAUCCUUGCGUACAUUCCCAUCCCUUGAACCACACACUUUCAUCCCACUUCCAGCCAAAUUCUUUGCUGCUCCAAAUGUCAGAAGAGACCAGUUAUGGAGUGCUGUUGUGUUUGAAGCCGAUAAGGCCAGAAUGGGAUCUGGUAAUGUUCCAACCAAGGGAGACAAGCCAUUUUCUAAUAGAAAGUUACGUCCUCAAAAGGGUACUGGUAAUGCCAGAUUGGGUGAUGCCAACUCCCCACAUAUGGACAACGGAUUGAAACCAUUUGGUAUUAAAGCGCCACAUGAUUGGUCUACUGAUUUGCCAACCAAGGUAUAUGCUCAAGCUAUGCAACAUGCAUUGGGCUCCAAGUAUAAGGAAGGAAAAUUGUACAUUAUUGGAGAAGGAGAAGGAGUAAAGAAGCAUGAAUCUGACGACUCUAGUAUUGAUUUUAAAUAUGAUCACGAAUCUCAAGGCCCUGAGUUUGUUAAACGUCACAACUUGCAAAAUUUGAAUUUGUUAUUCAUCACCGAAGAUGUUAAGUCUAAUUUAGUGGCAGGAACUGCUUCGUUAGCCAAGAAGGCUGACGUUCAAGUCAAGGAAGAUGUCGAAGUUAGAGAUAUCUUAAAGGCUAACCGUAUAUAUAUUGAAUUGAGUGCAUUGCAAUGGCUCAUAGGAAAAUACUCAACCUAAUAGAUGACUUGAUGUACAUAUAGAUAUAUAAGUUUCAUGUAAAUAGAAUAAACUUAUUUAAU